GUGUUGCCACAGCGAUGGUGUUAAAGCGUUAUAUUUGUGCUGUGAGUCAACGGACUACUUUCACUGGUUAUCAGAGGAUUGUGUUGGGGAUUAACUAUCAGUGAGGCGUCCUCAGGCUCUCCAGCUAUGGUGCCAUCCAGCUUUUAAAGUUUUUAAAGGAUGCAUACGACACGCAGCCCUUCGUCCAUCCCAUCAGGUGUCUCAGGAGACGCCCUGGAUCUCAGCUUGUCAGGCUCCCAGCUGUCUAUGUCCAAAAGGCCCAGCAGUGCGUCGCCGGGGAAAUACUUCUCUCGCUCUGUUUCGGUCUCUGUGGCGGGCGAUAGCAGAGGCAAACGCAACACUUUAAGCGACACCAGCUUUGGCAGCUCGCGAUCCAUCAAGAACUUGAGGCGGUCCAACAGCACCACGCAGGUCAACCAGCAGGCCAACAUCAGCGAGGACCAGAGGGAGGACUACUUGGCCCUGUUUGACAGCAGCUCCGACGGACGCAAGAAGUUGGCGAGCCUGAGCAAGACCUCGCCAGACAGAACCACAUGGAACAUCCUGGUAUUUACCUUCGAUCUCAUUCCCACUCUGUCGUCAUCUACCAAAACAAACACGCCUGAUGGACUGCAGCACAUAAAAGUGCAGCAGGCCGCAGAGACGCAGCACACUCUGGAGGUGGAGUUGGAAAACUCGAGGCAGACUGGUGUGGGACGUAAAAAAACGCCCAAGAUUUCCCUGACCAACAAAAGUGCAGCUUCACCGAGCAACAACAACAACCCGAUGUCGCCCACAGAUGUUAAAACGAAGAACACAGACUCUAAUUUAAAUGUUGUGGCUGACUUGGGUGAGCUCAGCUUCAGAGCUGUUUCCCCAGCACUGUCCAAUCGCAGAGGUUCUCAGUGUUCCCAGGAGAUCCUGCAGAGGUCGGUGAGCGUGGAGGACCAGAGGCAGGGAGCCUCGUCCAGCAGGGCUCAGUCUAAAACCACCCUCAAUGAGCUGCUGGACACCCUAAAGCUGUUAGAGGAGGAGCCAGAGAGGCUGUCAGAGCCGAAGUGCUACCGCAAAGAGAAAUACGCCUGGAUCGAUGAGGACGGGGACUCCAACUCUUUGACCACUGAUAACCUGGAGCGUCACGGCCAGCUGAGCCACCACCCUGCGCUGCCAGAUGGGGGCGCCCUGCUCUCUGAGGCCAAGCUGCAGAGUAUCAUGAGCUUCCUGGAUGAGAUGGAGAAGUCAGAGCAGGAGAGGCCACGCUCUGUCACCUCAGGAUCACACCGAGAGGCUGUUCUGUCUGAGGAGGAGCUGGCCGGUGUUGAGCAGGCGUCGGCCACUGCUGCCGAACUCACCGGCUCCAUGAUGAGGAUCAAACUGGAGCUGGAGGAAAAGAAACGCACCGUCAACAUGCUGCAGACCGCUCUGGCCCAGCAGAGGGAGCUGACGAUAAGACACGUGAAGGAGACGGAGAGGGAGCUGAGCAGGAACUUCCAGCUCCAGAAGGAACAAUACGAAUCCACCAUCCAGAGACACCUCACCUUCAUCGAUCAGGUACGCACUCAAAGACAGAUACUGUGCUGCUUGUGUAUUAAAGAUCUUCAUCGUUUUGAUACCAUAAUUUUACCCUCUCCCCUUCCCGACUCCCUCGCUCAACAGGAGAUCAAGAAGUUAAAAGACCUGAUGAGUGCCACAGAGAAGAUCCGACGGGAGAAAUGGAUCGAUGAGAAAACCAAGAAGAUCAAAGAGAUCACAGUCAAAGGCCUCGAGCCCGAGAUCCAGAAGCUGAUCUCUAAACACAAACAGGAGCUGAAGAAGCUGCGGACGCUCCACGAGGCGGAGCUGCUGCAGGCGGACGACCGGGCCGCCCAGCGCUACGUCCGGCAGUGCGAGGACCUCCGUCAGCAGCUGGAGAAGGAGAAGGAGGAGCAGUGCCAGAGAGAGCGGGAGCUAGCCAAACAGAGGCAGCGUGCUGAGCUGGAGGAUCUGCGGCGGCAGUUGGAGGAGAACAGCUCUCUGGCUGGACGAGCCCUCAAAGAAGAGCUGGACAAGACCAGGGAGGAGCAGGAGAGGAGACAUCAGGUGGAAAUGAAGGCGUUACAGGAGCGUCUGGACAUCGAAAAGCAGACGUGGGAAGAAAACUACAAGAAGAAAGAGGAAGCAUGGCUGCUGACCCGUGAGCGCGAGCUAAAAGAAGAACUGCGAAGAGAACGCGACAAAGAGAUAGAGCUCGCCAUCUGGACGCUGGAGGAGGAGACCAGCAAGGACAAAGAGGAGUGUGAGAGGGCAGCGGAGAACAGGCUAAAGCGCGUGAGGGAAAAGUACGAGACCGAGCUGAGGGAGCUGGAGCGCUCUGAGAGGACGGCGGUGGCGAAGCAGCAGGAACUGAGGAAGCAGCAAAUGGAGACGGAGGGAGAGCUGAUCAGACUGCAGGCCGCACUUAGACAGAAAGAACAGGAAACUGAAGAGAUCACGCAGGCCAGGGACAAGUUGGCGGAAGAGCGCCGCAACCUGGCGGAGGUGAUAAGGCAGGAGUUUGCCGACCGCUUGGUGAUGACGGAGGAGGAGAAUCACAGGUUGAAGGUGGAGGUGUCGGAAGUCCGAGCGAGGAUGCGGCUGGAGGCGGAGAGGGUCACGCGGGAGAAAGAGGAAGAACUGGCAGAAGUCCACCAACGAGUGAAAUCGGCCAUCUUGAAGAAGGAAGAAACCGUCAACAAUCUUCGGAAGCAGCACGAGGCCGCUCUGAAGAGGGCGGAUCACCUGGAGGCCCUGUGGGAACAGCAGAGGAAGCAGCUGCUGGAGAAGUGACUGACAGGAUGUCCAGUUUCAUCUCUCUGUGGACCUUUUCAUCAGCGUGCCCGACACGCCGGCGUCCAACCAUCGUGAUGCUGCUUUUUCUUUUGUUUGUUUGUUUUUCCUGCAACGAGACAGGACCUGUGGACCCUUUGAAAGUUGAAGUUUGCCCUACCUCACUUUAAAAAUACUAAAAUUGGUAAAAGCACUGCAUCCCCCCCCUCGCUCCGUUCCCCCGACAGUCACAAAGGAGCAUGUUGUGUUUGAAUGUCCUCAUUUAAAUGCCACAGACCAGGUGAACUUCCUGUUCCUGUUCCUUCUUCUUCUUCUUUUUUUUUGGUGAAUGUUCCUCCUCUUUCCUCUUCCUGUCUGGGGAGCAGAAAUGUUCCCCACAGAUGUGCUUCACCGAACAGUUCCAGAUGUUUCUCAGGCCUGCACCGGUGUGACGUGGGACACAGUGGGGGUUGUUCUUCUUUCUUCUGGAGGGCCGCUCACAACCAAGGCCUGAGAUCAGCCACGAGCACGAGAGCUGACGCAGAGCUUCUGCCUUUUUUUCUGUUGAGUCAUGCAUUUUUGUCCCAGCGUCCCCUCAAGGCCGGCGCUAAUUACAGGACCCAUACCUCCCCCCCCACUUCUCACUGCAGCCCAGCUCUGAGCAGUUUGUUUUUAAUGGGUCUUCGACCAAACUUUAGACCUAACGAAGCGAUUUGAUGAGAUUUACUAAGACAGAUUUCAGACGUUAGAUAGAGAGUGUGUAGGAUGUUGUUAGGAAGAGCGAUGAGACGUGUAGGCAACUUAAAGGAAACUGAGCUGAGGAGAGCUCGUGGUCAGAUGAUUGCAGAGUGGCUUCUGAAUGUAGGGAAGAGAAAAAAGAGAGAAGAGGGACUGAGGUAGAUGUUGGGUGAAGCAAAGGAGGAAAGUGCAAAGAAAAUGUUUAUGGGGUUAGGAAAGCAGAGCUGGGUCCGAGCAGGGUGGUUAGGUGGAUUUAAGGGGGCACAAAUCAUGUGACCAGAGCUUCAAAGGCAGCGCUGUGACAGACCAUGACUCAAACAUGCGUAAUAUGUGUAAAAAAAGUCACAGAAAGUCAUCGGGGGGAGGGGCUCUAUCGGUUCGUAGACUGAGUAGGGGAGGGGUGCUGCAGAGAGAAACUCUAAACAUGGAAGUAAGGCCUGUUAUUUAGGUACAGCAUGAUGUGACUGCAAAAGCCCCCGCAGUCUCAGAAUUAGACCCCAGAUGAGAAAAUAUUUAUUCUGUCAUCUUGCUUUAUUUGUUUUAGGACUCGUACACGACCUUCGUGGGGUAAUAUGUCCACAGAAAGGUCAAGGCUGUGAAGGAAGCUUUUCUCAAACCUUCUCAAGACGAAAUAUUUUAUUCCUUCUGUGAGGAACAUUUACACGGUUACUAAGUGUGACGGUGAGACCUUAACCGCUCCAUCUUUAGUCGAUCUAAAUACAGUAUGUCAGGUUUUUUCUGACCUCCAAGUCGUCCAAGCCCCAAUGUGUGAAACGUAAUCCACCGGGACGCUGCUGGUUUACAGUCGGGUUAGUUUGGCCACAUGGUUAACCAUUAAACCUGAAUCAAUGUUAACCCUCUCUCUGCUUAGCACAGAUAAUAAUAAUAAAAAAAUCCCACAUGGGUGGCUGAUGUGUCACACGCCCCCCGAGUUUCACUGUGAGUCAGCGCGGAGGCCUCGAAGCUGAUCCCGCCACUGCAGCCGUCGGCAGAGCAGGCGGGGGGCAGCUGGGCUCGGACACGACAGGGGCGGCGAUGUGAGUUGGCAUUCCUCACGCAUGCCCGUCCUACAAGUGCCAGUGAGCCUUUCUUUUGUGUGUUUGCAUGUGUGUGUGUGUUUGUGUGCUUCCUCUCCUCCCCAUUGCGACCUAAAUUGACCCCCCCCCCCACACACACAUUCACUGCAACAUUAUACGAAGCAUUCCAGCUCUCUCCUGUCCAGCAUUACGACAUCUAUAGCUCUCGAAUGCACUCGUUUAUUUUGUUUUAGUCUGUUUUUUAUGAUUAUUCGUUGUGAUUCUUUGAAAAACUGUGAAGAGAAUAAAAGGCAAAGAAUGUUUGGAAAACA